UUUCAAUCAUCCCACUUGAAUGUCGUACGGCAACUGAAGAACAAAUUAGAUGACUACGACGCGCAAAGGGAAAGCUCCGGAUCGAGAAACAGCGUCUCAACCCCGGUUCUACUCAUCCCCAAAACGACCAGCCGCUGCUGGCGAAGGCAGUCCCUCUGCAAGAGCCUCGAAAAGACACCGAAUCUCCGUGCCCGAUCUACUCACACCUCAGCAAGGCAGCACCUCGAAUGAUAAGGCCCGAGGCGACUAUAUUGAGGGAGAGGGCAAGACGGGAGUAGAUAACAAGAUGCAGUCCGCAAGCACUCGCCAUGCCAAAGACGCUUUCGCCGACAUGUACGAAUUCAACUCGACGAGACUGAAGAAAGAGAGCCUCAACGACCCAAGUUCGGUGCCAGAGAAUGGCAAACCUAAACCGACGUUUGUACACCAAAGAGUCCCUUUCAAUCCCCAGACGGGCCCAAAGAAGCUUGUUGUGAAGAACCUACGGCCCGCACCCCGCUUGGAUACUCGGGCGUACUUUGAAAAGACAUGGAAAGAGAAUGACAAAGCCCUCGAGGCCAUAUUCAGAAAUGAGAAGGACCCAUACUCCUUAGAGGAGCUAUACAAAGGUGCAGAACAUACCUGUCGGCACGGUCACAGUGGAGAUCUUUAUGAGCACCUGAGCGCGAAAUGCCAGACCCAUCUUAAGGACAACGUCCGAGAUCGUAUCCGGCGGGAAGAGGCAAACUCCUCAGAUGUCGACGUCGUCAGAGCGUUUGUCAAUGCCUGGCAGACGUGGCAGAAACAGCUGCAGACCGUUCGGCAGAUCUUCUUCUACAUGGAUCAGACCUAUUGCCUUCGGACUCCGGACAAGAUGAGUGUAUUGCAAAUGGGUCUCACCCAGUUCAGGUCUUCAGUGUUUCAUGACCCCUUCAUCAGGCAAAAAGCCCUUCAAGGCGUCAUAGCUUUGAUCGAUUCUGAUAGGCGAGGAAACCUCAAUGAGAAUGACACUAGGCUUCUGCGCCAGUCGGUCGACACGUUCCAUGAGCUAGGCAUCUAUACCAGCGACCUUGAACCGACCCUUUGCGUCACUACUGAAGAGUAUUUCAAGGCAUGGAGAGACACGGAGUCCAAUAAGGACUCGCUGGGUGAUUAUGUCAAUAACUGUACUGAUCUUCUGAGUCAAGAGAUGGCGAGAUGCGAUUCCUUAUCCCUAGACCGCAAUACGAGAAUCCGGGUGUCACGCCUCUUUGAUAACAUCCUUGUGGAAGAAGAGCUUGAAACUCUUACCAACGAGGACGGCAUAUUGGAUCUGCUAGAGGACGACAAAUCAGCAGAAUUAGAGCGGUUGUACACUUUGCUACAGCGCAAAGGACAUGGAGAAAUGAUUGCGCCGAGUUUCAGUAAGUACGUCGAGACAGAAGGAUCUUUGAUCGUCUUUGAUGAGGAGAGAGAAUCCGAUAUGGUAAUUAGGCUGCUUGACUUCAAACGGCGGCUGGAUCAUUACCAGAAAUACUCCUUCCACGGCAAUGAAGCACUGGGCAAUGCGCUUCACAAAGCGUUCGAGACAUUCAUCAACAAAACCAAGAAAUCCCAGUCGAAUUGGGACACGGACAAUGCUAAACCGGGAGAAAUGAUUGCGAAGCAUGUCGACCUAUUGCUCAAAGGCGGCGUCAAAGCCGUGCCCCGGCUCCAAACACACAAGCACGAUCAUUCCAAGCCCGAAGAAGAGCAUGAUUUCGACGAUGCCGCUGCUGAUGAAGACGCCGAAAUCAACCAACACCUCUCUGACGCAUUAGAUCUCUUCCGUUUCGUCCACGGUAAAGCUGUCUUUGAAGCAUUCUACAAAAAGGACUUGGCUCGCCGUCUGCUCUUAGGUCGGAGCGCCUCGUUCGACGCGGAACGGAAUAUGCUCACCCGCCUGAAGAAUGAGUGCGGUGCUGCGUUCACGCACAAUCUGGAAUCCAUGUUCAAGGACAUGGACCUAGCCCGCGAAGAGAUGAUGUCCUACAAUCAGCUCUUGGACGACCGUGGGGGCAGGGCUCCAGGUCUGCCGGAUUUGCAUGUCAAUGUGCUCUCCGCGGCAGCCUGGCCGACUUACGCAGACGUGGCGGUGAAUAUUCCACCACAUAUUGCUAAAGUUAUGUCGGACUUCGAGACGCACUACAAGGCCAAACAUUCUGGUCGCAAACUGGCCUGGAAACAUUCUCUGGCGCACUGUCAACUACGCGCGAAAUUCCCCAAGGGAAACAAGGAACUCAUGGUGUCGGGAUUCCAGGCGAUCGUGCUCCUGCUUUUCAACGACAUCCCAGCAGACAAGCAUCUCACGUACAACGAGAUCAAAGCCGCUUCCGGCUUGGUCGAUGCCGAACUCAAGCGAACACUUCAGUCCCUUGCGUGCGCCAAGUACCAAGUCCUUCGCAAACACCCCAGAGGUCGCGACGUGAACGAAACAGAUACCUUCACAUUCUCACAGACCUUCACCGACGCGAAAUUGCGCAUCAAAAUCAACCAGAUCCAGCUCAAAGAAACCAAAGAAGAGAAUAAGGAGACGCACAUCCGCGUGGCGGCGGACCGGCAUUACGAGACUCAGGCGGCGAUCGUGAGGAUCAUGAAGAGCCGCAAGAAGAUCGGGCACAACGAGUUGAUUGUAGAAGUCAUCAAAGCCACCAUGAGUCGGGGUGUGUUGGAUCAGGCGGACAUUAAGCGGAAUAUCGAGAAACUGAUAGAGAAGGACUACAUGGAGAGGGAAGAGGGCAACUCAUACUCCUACGUCGCGUGAGCCUGCCGGUUGCGUAUCACGCUCGGCAGCAGGAGAUAGUCUUGCGUGAGUCGAGGGGUUGGAUAGUUGGGGGAGGCACAGGGGGUGCUGGGGUAUAGAGGAGGUGCACUCGCUAGGUCGCCCGGGUACGUAGCUGUUCGGAAUAAAGAGAGACACGCUCGAUGGCAGACAAGUCGGACGCAUGAUGUAGACAGGGUAUGUAUGUAGCUAGAGAGGAACAUGUACGGGUGCCGGAUCAGACACGACGACCCAAUAAUGAUGAAGACUCGGACGGAGAUCGCGAUGGCCGGGAAGGGCGCUUCACUCGGGACACUAGACAGCGCGGCAUUUGGAUCCCUCGAUUUCUUUCAUUCCCUUCUUGGUAGCAAAAAUGAUA